AAUACAUAUUUGGAUGAAUACAUAUAUUGGUGAAGAUCAGUUUUCAGCAAGUCAUUUCAAUAGAGCAUAUUAUCAUGGAGGGAUUUCCUGCAGUAUUUUACAGUGAACCUGCUGCGUUGGGGCUCCUUGCAAAUGCCGUUAGUGCUUUCCUCGUUUGUAUGCAAAACUUCUCUCUGUUUAACACCUCUAUUACUGCUGGAGGAGUGGAAAACAUUCUCGCAGGUGUUCACUUGAUCCUAAUUGGAGGUGUAACUCAGCUCAUUGCGGGAUUCCUGUCCUUUCGAAAGUAUGACCAUUUAAGUGGCACCUCAUUCCUGGCCUUCUCUGCCUUGUGGAGCAGCUAUGGGGCUACUCGUAUCAUUGUGGGCUCAGAAUCAGUUUCUCACAAUAGCUCAGCUGUGCCAACCCUUCCUCAGAUUCCAGUUAAUGAGGGUGCAGUGGCUGGGUUGGUAGCUUAUAUUUUCAUUGCGUUCAUCCUGGCUUUCUGCUCAGCGACGGUCAACUAUAUUAUGCCUUUUGUAUUUGGGGCCCUUACACUAACACUGAUCUUUGAGGCGAUAGGGCUGUUUGGUCGCUGGGCCCUGGUAGUCUCUGGUGUACUGGAGUUAAUAAUAGUGCUAUGUGGACUUUAUGGUGCAGGAGCUCUUCUACUGAAAGGCAUCACUCAGAAAUAUGUUCUUCCAGGCUUUGGUAAUUCUCUUUUCAAUGUCCUGCUGCUGGGUUCUGCCAAUCGCAACUCUUCAAAAAAUACCGGAGAAGAAAAGAAAAAAAAUACAAAGUAUGCUGAACCAAUGGCACUAGGUUACCUGUGUGACUCCAUUUCUCCUUUCAUUAUGGCAUUCUACUGCUUUGGAUACAUGAAGACAUUCUAUGUAGGUUCCAUAUGGAUCAGCAUCAUUGUCAUCUCUCAGUUGUGUUCUAGCUACUACAGUUAUCUACGGGAUGAUGUUUACCAUGCUACUAAAUUUGCUUUCCAUGGUACCUUCUGGCUGGUGAAGUCAUGGGAAGAGUUUACCGUUACAGUUGUUCUCACACCUGGAAAUGUCUCCAAUAGCAGACAGUUGAUGGUUGGUGACUGGUUCUUUCUGGCUGCGGCAUGUGUGUUCUGCUUUUUAUCAUUAAAUAAAGACAUUCUAGAAGUGACUCACAAUACUGCAUUUGCCCUCAUGACUAUAUCCACAAUCCAGCAGAUACCAAGUGCAGCUGCUUACAUAUUCUUUGGAGUGACUUGCAGCAUAUUUACUGUAGUUUCCCUUUACACAUCAUUUGCCAGUCUUGUUAAUUCAAUUGCAGAGAAAGUACUAAUACCCAUUGGGAACAUAGUGAUAUCAAGUGCCAAGUUUCAGGAUGCCUUGUUUUGGUGCAGACGAAACCUGCAAAAGUCUGAGCAGGAAUUGGACAUGAAGGAAAAUCUCCGCUCCCGCUCCUCAGAUCCCCUGUUCUACAUCUGCAAUGGAUUAGCAGCACUGGCGGCCAUCCAGAGUUCAUUGGACCAUACAAUCCAAGCACAUUUGUCUAUUCCUUGGGUACUUAUACCUGGUGCUAUUAUGCAGCUGUAUGUCUGUAGAAUUGAUGUCCAAGGAGGUCGAAGAUUUGGAUCAGUUCUGCCAUUUUGUUAUGCUGCUAUCUGGGCGACAUGGGUAUGGCUGCGUUUUGCAGGUUCUUUGCUAGGAAUCGCUACAAAUAAUGAUGGAGGAUUCACAGUCGGUGCAAUUGCUUUUUUAAUAGUCAACAUAUUUUUAGUUGCCAUUGCUUCUUAUGCUAAUACAGUCCUGAUUCUUCUAACCCUUAUGAUGGAGGCCGUGGUUGUCAGUUUCCUUCUCUUCACAUUGGAAAGACUUCCUCUUCAGCUUGAAAUAACGGUGCUGUCCAUCUUUAGCAUUAUUUGUCUGUACGGGUUACUGGCAUCGCUGACAAACUGUUUGUUCAACAAAGAGCUAAUCCCACUGGGACCUUCAGUGUUCAAGAAAGUGGAGCUAGAGGAGGAAGAAGUACCCAGCUCAUGUCUCCUUCCUGAGUCUCGUCGUACAAGCGGAUUGAGAACGAUAGCAACAAUACUGGAGAGUGGAGGUGUGUGUGGAAUUCCCACAGACACAGUCUAUGCGCUGGCUGCUUCCUGCAAACACCCCGAAGCCAUCAGUAGGAUUUAUACUAUAAAGGAACGUCCUUCAGAGAAACCCAUCUGUAUCUGUAUUUCUAACUUGGAGCAGCUGCGGGUGUUAAAUCCUCCAUUCAGUCCUCUCUUGUGGCGGUUCAUGGACUCCGUCUAUCCCGGAGGGAUAAGCUGCAUUGUGAAGAAGGGGGAAUGGCUAAAAAGAUUAGGUGUGGGGCCUGCCUAUGAUUAUGUUGGAACCCAAGACUCCAUAAUGAUCAGAGUUCCUGAUCACUCUGUCACAGCCCAUCUUACUGACAUGACAGGGCCUUUAGCAAUCACCUCAGCCAAUCCAAGUGGAGAAAGCGAUAGUACUCACCAUGACCAUGUGAUAACACGCCUGAGCCACAAACUGGAUGCGAUUCUGUGUGAUGGAUGUUCCAAUGAACUUGUGGGAUCAACUGUAGUAAUCUGCACCAAAAUAGAUGAAGGGACUAUCAGUAUAUUACGGGAAGGCUGUGUGCCGGCUGCUAGGAUUAUGCAGCUGUUUGAGCGUGCUAAGAACAUGAAGGAAGAUGUGCUGUAGUAACAUGGAAAUAAAUGCUGCAUUAGUCACCUACCUAUUAACUUGUACUACAAGUCCCGCAGGCGGGACUCAGAAAUGUUUUACUGUGUGUUAAUACUGUAUGUUUAUAUAUGUGUGAAAACGUUGUGUGCGCACUGUGUAUAUUGUUACAUUGUAAAUUGGAAAAUGAAGAGUUGUUGUUUUAUAAGCGUUUUUACUAUUUAAGCUAUUUAAGUUACUGUAGCAUAUGACACAGUAUCAUCAGCAGUCUAAAGCUGUUUACACACUAUAUAUGUUUUAUCGUCCAAUAUAUUGUCUGACGUGGAUCAGAGCGAUAUAGUGUACACCAUGGAUAGUGUGUACCCCCAAUCCAUCGUUCCCAGGUGUCGUUCAUUGAAUCCUCCUAUUGGAUGUGCUGCACGCCCAAUUAUGUGAUUCCAUGGCCGUCACAGUGUAGGUACAUGCAGCAUCUAGCCAUACAUUGCACCUCUGUACAGCGGAUCAUAUAGUGUGUAUGCUGGUACACUGUUCUACAUUGUAGUGCUACAUACUGUACUAUUAAAUAACAAGCAUCAUAAGAUAUAUUAUUUAUUAUUAUUUAUUACCAGUUAUUUAUAUGGCGUACACAUAUUCCGCACA